UUCUCUGAUCAUCCUCGCCAUCUCAGGCCUGUUUUACAUGUUUCUCGCCAUGGACCGAGCUGACCGAGCUGUUAAAGACUCGUCGUCGCCGCACCGGUAACGUGUUGCAAUAGAACGCGCAACUUUCGAUCGAGCAUCGAGGGACCUUCAUUUGAGAGUUGUGGUGGAGGCAGCGACGGCGACAGUCCGGCUCCCGGGAGCAGUGUUGCAGCGGUAGUUGUGGUCGCUCGUCAUCGCGCAUCGCGCAGCACUUUGGCAAAGACUUUGUAUUUGAAAUUGAGAAGUUGCAUCAUUAUUGUGUUGUUUCUUCAAGUACAUGCGCACUUGCAGGAUGAAGUUUGCAUCCCCUAAUUGUGAAACCAUUUGCUGACAAUAAACAGCAACAAUAUGGUUCUUUUGGGACGGCCGUUGUUGCUUAUCCCCAAGGGCCUUCGUUAUGUUUCACCAUUACCUUGUAGACUGCACCUCUAUGCACCGUGUGCUUCUCCCACUGGGGUGAAAACUAAAACAACAUCUCCUAAAGCCAUAGUCACACCUAUUUUUCGAAAUGCUCCCCUGUUUGGAGAUAGAACUGCCCUACGGGAUCGUCAUGGGUAUUAUACAUAUAUGGGGCUAUUCCUCAGUAGUCGACAGCUAGCCCAUCAAAUCACUGAAGUAUUGAAAGGAAAAGAGCAACAGAGGGUAGCUUUCCUGUGUCCCAAUGAUGCAUCAUAUGUCAUUACACAGUGGGCCUGUUGGAUGAGUGGACAAAUUGUUGUCCCAUUAAGUCCCCUGCAUCCUGAAUCAUCACUGAAAUAUUUCAUCACGGACAGUGAUGCAUCUCUACUCUUAACUACCAAUGAACUGGCUCCUCAGCUGGCAGGCAUAGCCCAAAGUUCUGGUCGUCAGCUAGUUGUACUUGAUGACGCGUUAAGAACACUGGCAAUGAAACCAGAAAUAAAAGUUGAUCCUAGUCAGGUUGAUUUAGUACAGCCUGCUGAACCUUCUUCAGAUGUCAAUGCAGGCUUGGUAGAUGAAUUUUAUGCAGACAGCAAUGCUAUGAUAAUUUAUACCUCUGGAACCACAAGUAAUCCAAAAGGUGUUGUCUUGAGUUACCGAAAUUUGGAUGCUCAAAUUCAAUCACUUAUUGAAGCAUGGAACAUCACCAGUAAGGAUAAUAUUUUGCACACACUUCCUCUUCAUCACAUCCAUGGCAUUGUUAAUGGAAUGAUGUGUCCCCUUACUGUGGGUGGACGAUGUACCAUGUUGCCAAACUUUUCAUCUUCCCAAGUCUGGUCUCAAUUACUAGCAAUUCGAAUGAAGGCUGCUGACCGUGUUAAUGUAUUCAUGGGAGUUCCUACAAGUUAUGUUAAACUAUUAGAAGAAUAUGAGCUAAUAUUCAGCAAGAAUGAAAAAAUGCGAGAAUACAUCAAGAAAAUCUUAUCUGAAAAAAUUAGACUGAUGACCUCAGGGUCAGCGCCUUUACCAACCACAGUGUUUGAGGGAUGGGAAAAAAUUUCUGGUCAUAGGCUAUUGGAAAGAUUUGGCAUGAGUGAAGUAGGAAUGGCUCUUUCAAAUCCUCUAAAUCCUCCCUCUGAGAGGAGACCAGGCUUUGUAGGAACACCUUUACCAGGCAAUAAAGUACGAAUUGUGAGAACUGAGAAAAGUGAGCAAAACCUAAAUGAAGUUAAAGAAGAAGUUUUAUGCGAAGGUGAUAUGAAUGGUACUAAAGUUCUCGUCAAUGAUGGUGAGCCAACCAUUGGUCAUCUGCAUGUAAAGGGACCAAAUGUCUUUGAGGGGUAUUGGAGGAAGCCAGAAACUACUACUAAAGAAUUUGCAGCAGACAGGUGGUUCAAGACAGGUGAUACAGCACAGUAUGUGGAUGGAUCUUACAAAAUUUUAGGAAGAACAUCAAUUGACAUUUUAAAAACUGGCGGCUACAAAGUGAGUGCUGUGGAAGUAGAAACAGCUCUCCUCAGUCACCCUGACAUUAUUGAUUGCUCUGUGGUAGGCCUGCCAGACGCCACCUGGGGGCAGAAGGUAGCAGCUGUUGUUGUUACUCGCCCAGGUGCUGAAAUUCUUCUGUCUCAAGUAAGAGAGUGGAGUAGAGAUAAGCUUCCACCAUAUGCUAUUCCAACUGUGUUACGAGUACUUGACAAAAUUCCACGUAAUGCAUUAGGCAAGGUAAACAAGGCUAAUAUGGUGAAAGAAGUUUUCCCUAUUUCUGACAGCAAAUCCGCACAGUAAAUGAAUAUCCUAAACUCUCAAGGUCUAAAUUCCAUUGACUACUGCCUUCUCUUCAAUGCAACUGCGUGUGUCUAACUUUUGCCAGUAUUUUUCAUCUGCUCUGUUGAACCUUCAGUUUUCAUGAAUUUUGCAAGAUAAUUAAAUUAAAUACUGCAUUCAACCUCAAAAGGAAACCAGUACGUGUUCAUGUUCACUGUUUGAAGAGGCUAUUUUAUGAGGAGGGUGCUGUAAUAGUCGUUAUAAGCUUUAAUAAUGGGUGGGGUAAUUAAAAUUCCUUAUGUGUUAAGAUAAUGUAUCCAUGUGUUUGGUAUUCCUUACUACUUCCUGGGAAAGUCUCUCAAUACCAUAAGUGUUACAUAUUUCCUUGUAUAAAAUAUAUGCAGACUUCUUUAUAGUAUGGCACUACUGCUUUAAUGGAUUGUUACAUAAUUUAUGUACCCUUUCAGCCGAGUCAGCAAUCCAUGCAAUGAGAAGGCAUCCACUUUUCUAUGUUUUAUUUUACUUCUAAUGAGCGGCACUUGUUAUUAAAUGUUGUUUUUUUGGUUGAAUAUACCGUUAGCCUUCAAAGAGAAAUAAAACAUUUUUUAAAGAA